AUGCGCGCCGCUUUCCUGGCUUUCGUGACGAUAUCACUGUCAAUAAGCGUACGUUCAAGUGGUCUACCACCUUCCAGCUCAGCCUACUGGGGUUCGGGAACAGGUACACGAGAUGGAAGAGACUCAGCUCUGCCGCAAGGAGGCAAUAUCGAAAGCGGUCCAAGUACCGAACUAUCGCUUGGAGGUGUCUUUGGAAGACAGGGUGAGAGGAUCUCGCAUGUAGGCGCCAGCUCAAGUCGAAAAAGGCCCGAUGCAAGCGUUGGCAACGAGCAUGACCUCGGAUUGUCCCUCGGAAGGGAAGGAUGGUCCGAAGAAGCUGUGCAUCAAGCUAAUCUCGAGCGAGCUGCAAAUCUUAGGCGCAAAUUUGCUCAUUACCUAAAUUACGACUUCGUCUUAUGGCCAGAAUCUUCGAUCAAUGCCAGGCGAUACCAGACAAGUUUGCAUAAGAUUCGAACCAGAGCUCGUUCAGCAUACCGUCUCCGAGACGAAUUCAAAGAUAUCAUUGACCAGGCUUUGGGGCCUGAAGUAUGGUCGCAACAGGCUUUUGUUGAUUGGUUCGAUAGCCUUCCGCAACGUGCCCCAAGCACCCGGGACGAAGUGUCCAAGAUUGACAAACAGGCCAAGAAGGUUAUGAAAGAGGUGGAACAGAUCGAGAACGUCUUCAGGAACUACAAGGCCUGA